AUGAGAUUUUCUAAACUUUUUGUAUGUUUUAGGAAACCUAAGGCUAAUUAUAAUUCCAAAAUUAUUAAGCUGAAGUCAUUAAGAGAUGACCUUUUGGAAUAUAGAGAAUCUCUCCAGGGACGCUUAUCAAAAUUCAAUGAUUUAUGUCUGAAAUAUGUUAAGGAAAACGAUAGAAGUAAUGCCCUCUUUAUUCUUAAGAGAAAGGCUCUGGUAUCAAAGCAACUGUUAAUCCUUGAUGAGCUAAACUUUAAAAUACUAGAACUCAUUUCCGACACAGAAUGCGCAAAUGUAUUUUGUUACUUACACAUAUCACUAUUAUUAUUCGUAAUUGAGGUAGCUCGGCAUUUGCGGAUUGGAAGUGGAUUAUUGAAUGAAAUAAAUAAGGAGUUGAAACGAAAGGACUUGGAUUCUUUUAUGGAGUCAGAUAAGAGGAAUUUGGAAGAAAUGGCCGAGGCAUUGGGCAUGGUAACUCGUAGUUACGAGAUCGAUGAUCUUGAACUUGUCCAGGAACUUGACUUUCUUACCAGCGACAUGAACUCCAUGAGUUUAGAACAGAAUUACCCUAAAAUUAGCCAGGAUGAUCAGCGAAGUUUCGAUUUGGACCUCAGUAAACUAAAGUCUGUUUCCAGUGAAAACACGUAUACCGACAGGGAUUUCCUCACCUCAAAACCUACACAAAUAAUGGCUUAA